ACACUGCAACGGGAUAUGCUGCAGGCCGAGAAGGACGAGGUGUCCGAGGCGCUGACCAAGGCUGAGGCUGGCCGCAUGGAGCUCGAGCCCUCCAUGACCAAGCUGAGGGCAGAGGGCUCCCUGCGGGACUCCCUGUCCAAGCUGAGCGCCCUCAACGAGAGCCUUGCUCAGGACAAGUUGGAUCUGAACCGCCUUGUCGCCCAGCUGGAGGAAGAAAAGGCCACCCUGCAGGGCCGGCAGUGGCAGGUGGAGCAGGAGGCCACAGUGGCAUGGGAAGAGCAGGAGCAGCUGGAGGAGCUCCAUCGGGAGUUGGUGGGCCUGCGGCAGCAAAUAAUAACUACACAGGAGAAAGCCAGUCUAGACAAGGAGCUGAUGGCCCAGAAGCUGGUACAGGCUGAGCGGGCCCAGGCCUCUCUGCGGGAGCAGCAGGCAGCCCACGAGGAGGACUUGCAGUGACUCCAGAGUGAAAAGGAGGCAGCAUGGCAGGAGCUGGAGGCCAAGCGGGCUCAGCUGCAGAGUGAGCUGCAGUGUGAGCAGGAGGAGCUGCUGGUCCGGCUGGAGGCUGAGAAGGAAGAGCUGAGUGAGGAGAUUGCUGCCCUGCAGCAGGAGCGCGAUGAGGGCCUCCUCCUGGCCAACGGCAAGAAGCAGCAGGCCUUGUCUCUGAAGGAGUCUGAGAAGACGGCGCUGUCAGAGAAGUUGAUGGGUACACGGCACAGCCUGGCCACCAUCUCCCUGGAGAUGGAGAGGCAGAAACGAGAUGCCCAGAGCCGGCAGGAGCAGGACCAGAGCACCGUGAAUUCUCUGACAUCCGAGAUGUGGGACCUAAGGGCCCAGCUGGAGGAGGCUGCUGUGGCCCACACCCAGGAGGUGAGGAGGCUGCAAGAGCAGGUCUGAGACCUGGGCAAGCAGCGGGACUCCUCUCUUUGUGAGGAAGAAGAGCUUUGGACCCAGCUGCGUCUCCUGGAGGAUGCCCAUGACGGGCUGCGGCGGGAGCUGCUGGAGGCCCAGUGCAAGCUGCCUGAGAGCCAGGAGGGCCGGGAGGUGCAGCACCAGGAGGCAGGCGAGCUGCGGCACAGCCUGGGCGAUGGCACCAAGGAGCCCAAGGCCCUGCAGUGCUCCAAUGAGGAGCUUUGGGCCGCUGUGAAGAAGGCAGAGAGCGAGCGCAUCAGCCUGAAGCUUGCCAAUGAGAACAAGGAGCAGAAGCUGGUACUCCUAGAGGAGGCACGGACAGCUGUGGGCAAGGAGGCCGGGGAGCUGCGAACUGGGCUGGAGGAGGUGGAGCACUCAUGGCUGGAGGCUCGGCGGGAGCUGCAGGAGCUCCGGCAUCAGAUGAAGAUGUUGGACAGUGAGAACACCAGACUGGGCCGGGAGCUGGCGGAGCUGCAGGGCCACCUGGCGCUGGGCGAGCAGGCAGAGAAGGAGAGCAGGUGGGAGACCCUGGUCCUCCAGCAGGUGCUGAUGAAGGGUGAGGCCAGCCUGGAGGUGAUGUGGCAGGAGGUGACUGAGCAGGCGGGUGGGCUGGUGCAUCUUUCCUCCCCCCAGCAGGAAGCAGGUGGGCACCCCAAUGCUGGGACCAUUCUGAAAGGCCACUCCCUAGGGCUUGCUCCUUCCCCCGCAGGGAUGACAGUGAGUGAGAUGUAUGUGGGAGUAAGUGAGAUGCAUGGGAGGCCCAUGGCUCCUGCAUCACUGAGCAAGUCUUCUCUUCUAGGAAGUGGGGAAGGGCUCAGCAGCCUCAGCACCUUAGAAUGCAGCCCUGGGUCUCAGCCACCAUCUCCAGGACCUGCCACCUCCCCGGCUCAUCCAGAGCUGGACCCGGAGGCAGUUCGUGGGGCCCUCCGGGAAUUCGUGCAGGAGCUAGGGAGUGCCCAGAGAGAACGGGAUAAACUUCGGACCCAGACCAGUGCCCUGAAUCGCCAGCUGGCCAAGAUGGAGGCUGAGAGGGACAGCGCAACCUCGAGGGUCAGGCAGCUGCAGAAGGCAGUGGCUGAGAGUGAGGAAGCCAGGUGCAGUGUGGAUGGGCGGCUGAGCGGGGUCAAGGCAGAGCUGGCGCUGCAGGAGGAGAUUGUGCAGCACAGUGAUCGGGGGCACCGGGCCACACUGGACCAGGUGGCCACACUGGAGAGGAGCUUUCAGGCCACCGAGAGCGAGCUCCAGGCCAGCCAGGAGAAGAUCAGCAAGAUGAAGGCCAGUGAAACAAAGCUGGAGGGCGACAAGCGGCGCCUGAAGGAACUCCCGGACGCCUCCGAGAGCCGCACCGUCAAGCUGGAGCUGCAGCGGCGCUCGCUUGUGGGGGAGCUGCAGAGCAGCCACCUGGGCCUGAGUGACCUCGAGGCCCAAGCCCAGGCCCUCCAGGAUCCGGUGGAUUCCCUGCAGAGACAGGUGGCCGACAGCGAGGUGAAGGCAGGGACCCUGCAGCUGACUGUGGAGUGGCUGAACGGGGCUCUGGCCAAGGUGGAGGAAAGCGAGGGGGCCCUGUGGGACAAGGUGUGGGGCCUCACAGAGGCCCUGGCCCAGAGCAGUGCCAGCCUCAACAGCACUCAGGACAAAAACCUGCAUCUACAGAAGGCUCUGACCGCCUGUGAACAUGACCACCAAGUACUCCCAGAAUGGCUGGAUGCUGCCCGGCAGGCAUUAUCUGAGGCAUGGAAGCAGAGCAGCUCCCUGGGCGAGCAGCUGCAGAAGUUGCAAGGAGAGGUGGCUGACCUGCAGCUGCAGCGGAUGGAGGCAGAGGGCCAGCUACAACAGCUACAGGAGAUGAGGGCCAGGCGGCAGGAGGGUGAGGCUGCAGCCCUGCACACGGUCCAGAAGCUGCAGGACGAGCGGCGGCUGCUGCAGGAGCGCCUGGGCAGCCUGCAGCGUGCCCUGGCUCAGCUGGAAGCCAAGAAGCGGGAGGUGGAGUGCUCAGCCCUGCGGCUGGAGAAGGACCGUGUAGCCCUCAGGAGGACGCUGGACAAGGUAGAGCAGGAGAAGCUUCGUAGCCGUGAGGACACAGUGCUGCUGAGCACAGAGAAGGGCCGCCUGGACCGCACCCUCACGGGGGCUGAGCUGGAGCUGGCAGAGGUGCAGAGGCAGAUCCAGCAGCUGGAGGCACAGGUGGUGGUGCUGGAGCAGAGCCAUAGCCAAGCCCAGCUGGAGGUGGAUGCACAGCAGCAGCAGCUGGAGCUGCAGCAGGAGGUGGAGCGGUUGUGCAGUGCCCAGGCACAGACUGAGUGCACUUUGGAGGUUUGGGAGCAGGCACACCGCCAGAGGGUGCAUGGGCUGGAGGAGCAGGUGUGCAGGCCCCCUUGGAAGGCUGGGCCAGGAUGGAUGUGUGGGGCUGGAGGAAGAGGAGAGACCCAGGCAAGACCUCGUGGGUGUAGGCAGUUGAUGGCUCCGAUAACCAAAAAGGGUGGGGUUGGCUCUGCGCUGGUGUCAGCCAAGACCAGACCAGGAGUCACGGGAUGCUCCUGGGCCCCAGGCCUUCCUGCCAUGGCCCUGCUCCCCCUUGCUCCAUGCUCAGGGGCAGCCACACCAGGCCGCACACAGAGACACACAGAUGCACAAAACAUGCCAUAA